GAACUGCACAGUCCCAUAAAAGUCUGAGCUCUGGGGAAAAGAAAGGGAUAAAAGUGGGGAGGUGAGAGCCACCCAAAACAGUCAAAGAGAUGCUGAAGGGCCACAAAAGGCUCAGGUGCCCAGGGCUCUGUGGUGAGGACAGGGACUUGUUAACAGGUUUCCCUGAAAAUGGUGUGAAACUGCAAAUGGGAAGCCAGGAUUUGGUGUCCUGGCAGGGCAGGGUCAGGCCGUUCCUGCAGCCUGGGCUUUGGGAUCUAGGGAAGAAGCAGAGGAGAUUUUGCUCAAGCCUCUAGAAAUCUGGGCAACGGAGGCAGCUGCCGUCGGCAUUGGAAACUCAUAGUGGAGAUUUUGGCAACUGAUGUCCUGAAUAACCUUGGUCAAGACAUCUAAAGAAAGGCACUGUUCUGUCCGCUGAAUACUUCCCCUGCCCCUGUUCUUGUCCUCAUUUGGUGGAAGGGAAACUGAGGCAGUUUACCCCAACACGCCCAGUGGCUGACCAGGACUGGACCAGCACAGCUCUGCCAGACCCCACGCUGCCCUGCCUGAGCCCUGAGGAGGGCAGAAGAUGAACCAGGAAUGUCUGCAGGGAAUUAAAACAAGGACAAAAACAGAUGUGGGAACAAGUGACGGUGGGAAAUAAACAGGGCAAUGAAUUUUUGCCUGGACUGUAAAAUAAAACCACUAGGAGAUGCUUAAAGAAGAUGGGAUGGAGAAUCUUAUUUUAAAAAGCUUGGUGGCUUUAUAGCUCAAAAAGGAGAGGAAGAUGAUGGUGCGAUCUGAGCCACAUCUACUUGCCUCUGUGGAAAACGGCUUUGCCCUGCUCUCCUCUUGGAAAUACUUCUAACCAAGUUACGAAGGUGAAGGCUGUGAUUUUUACCACUUGCAGGACAGAAGAGACCUGCCACCAUCUGACACCCAGCAGGGCUUCCUGAGUGCUACCUUCAGCCUCAGCGAUGGAGAGACCCGUCUUUCCCCAGUCUGCCCCCAAAAUGCCAUCCCUGCCUCGCAGCCCUCGUACCUGCGGGCAGCCCCAAGCUCUGCGCAUCCCUUUCCACUCUCCCACAGGGGAAUAAAAUACAAAAUAAAAGCUUGGUUUCCCUACCCAGGAGGCUGCACAGUAACUAACCGGGGGGGUGAGGCAGAGCAGCCCCGGCUCUCUCUAUCGCUGCGCCCUGGCCGCCUAGGAGCGCUUUUCCCAGGAAAAAAUCAACGAAAUCCGGGCAGCGGGGGGGGCGGGGGGCAGGCUUACCUGCUCUCCUGCUGGCGGCCGGCCGCGGGAUAAAACUCGCCCUGGGUUUGGCCGGCGGGGCUCCGUUUAAUUUCCCCCCUGCUCGGAAAACGGAGCUGGAAACCGAGCGAGCGCCCGGGCGGAUCGCGCAGCCCGCUCGGGAGCGGGUUUCCCCCUGGGGCCUCGCUGCCAAAGCCACCCCCAGCGAGGGGCCGGAGGGAUUUGCCCGUGGGAGACAGGUCCCGGGCUCCCCCCCCUCCAGCGGAGGGCCCGGCUGGGCCGGCCCGGGCUCCGCACGCCCCCGGGGGUGGGCAGGGGGGCGGCCGCCCUAUAUAUUGCAAAGCAGCUCGGGGCCCGGCUCCCCAACGCCGGGAGCUGCCGCGGCGCCUUUCCCCUUCCCCUCCCUCUCCCCCGUCCCUCGGGGGGGGCUCUUUCUCCCGUGCCCCCCCCCUUACCCCCGUCCCUCCGGCCGUCUAUGACUGCGGCCGGCUUCCCCUGCCUGCGAGGCAUGUGCACGCUGCCGGCCCCCAGCCCCGCCGCCAGCCCCGGCUCCCCCGGCCCCCCCCGGGGGUCGCCCCCAGCCUGCCAGGCUCCCCCGGUGAAGCCGGAGCCGAGGGGCGGUGGGGGCAGCCCCCCAGCUCCUCUUCCUCCGUCGCUGCCCCCCGAGGAGCCGCCGCCACCAGCCGGGGGCCGCCGGAGAAAGCGGCCGGUGCAGCGGGGCAAGCCCCCCUACUCCUACAUCGCCCUCAUUGCCAUGGCUAUCGCCAACGCCGCCGAGAGGAAGCUCACCCUGGGGGGCAUCUACAAGUUCAUCACCGAGCGCUUCCCCUUCUACCGGGAGAACCCCAAGAAGUGGCAGAACAGCAUCCGCCACAACCUCACCCUCAACGACUGUUUCGUCAAGAUCCCCCGUGAGCCUGGCCACCCGGGCAAGGGCAACUACUGGACGCUGGACCCGGCGGCCGAGGACAUGUUCGACAACGGCAGCUUCCUGCGCCGAAGGAAGCGCUUCAAGCGCACCGACAUCACCACCUACCCCGGCUACAUGCAGAACUCCAGCGCCUUCACCCCGCCACCCGCUGCCCGCGCCGUGGCGCCCACUGCGCCCUACCCCAACGCCCUCUGCUCGCCCGGCUAUGGUCCCCAGCUCUCCGGCGCCGUUUUCCAUCCUUAUGGGGCCGGAGCAGCCCCGCAGGUGCAGCACCCCAGGAUGUUCAGCAUCGACAGCCUCAUCAGCGGGCAGCAGGCCCUGCAGCCCUCGCCGCCCGCUGAGCUGGGCCACCCCUCAUUGGGUUUAUCGGGGGCUGAGCUUGCCCCCAGCUGCUCCACCGGUGCCUCCGAACCUCCCUGCUUCCAGCCUCAACCAGUCAGCCCUGGCUUGCUGGGCCGGCCUGGCCCCAACACCUUGCCUUACCCCUACGCUGCCUCGCCUCCCCACCUGCCUGUGGGGCAGGGCAGCUAUUCACCCAGCAGCCCGCAGCUCUACGGGGCUCCCAACAGGCUGGCCCUGCCCGCCAUGCGCCCCACAGCCUGCGCCGAGCACAACGAGCAGCUCCUGGGGCUCCCUGCUGCGUCGCCCCUUGGCCAGUUCGGCUCCAGCAACGCCUACGUCAGGCAGCCCAAUUUCCCCGCCGGCCUCGAGCGGUACAUGUGAUGGGGCUGGGGGGGCACGGACGGGUGCCCCGAGGUGGCCGUGGGCACGGCUGGACACACGGACAUCGCCCCGUUGUGGGAUCGGCUGGGAGGGGUGGGGGGGACCUGGUCUUUGGCUGCGUACGGGCACAAAGCCCCGUGCACGGUGCCGGGGGCCGAACUCCUCUCUUUCCCAGCUGAUUUUUAACUGGAGAGAAGGGGAUGUAUUUUGCUGCCGUCUUCCCUCCUGGCAGUGAUGCUCUCCGUGCCUGGGGGUGUCUGUUUCUCACCAGGCUGCACCUGGGUGGAGCAGGGCACCCUGCAGCACCCCAGGGUGAGGCAGAGCUUGCCCAGGAGCUCGGUGCAUGG